AUGUUGGGGAAAACCAUCUUGCUUACAUCCUUUCGAGCAAUAAUACCUACCCACAAUAAGUUUAGCAUCAUCUUAAUCCGCUUGUGUCUUCCUCUUUCUCUCUCCCUGCUGCCAUCAGACGCUGUGACGGAUCUUGCCUCGCAUCCCGGUUACUAUGUACACUUGGUGGAGGCGUCCAUGGGCAAGUGCUGUAUGGUGACAGAGGAGAUCGAGCGUGACCUCCACCGCUCACUACCUGAACACCCCGCCUUCCAGAGCGAGACGGGGAUAGCCGCCCUGAGAAGGGUCCUCACGGCGUACGCACACAGGAACCCCAAAAUAGGAUACUGCCAGUCUAUGAAUAUUUUGACCUCCGUGUUGCUGUUGUAUGCCAAAGAGGAAGAAGCCUUUUGGCUGCUGGUUGCUGUGUGUGAGCGAAUGCUGCCAGAUUACUUCAACCACCGAGUGAUAGGUGCUCAGGUAGACCAGUCGGUGUUUGAAGAGCUUAUAAAAGAGCAACUUCCAGAGCUGGCUGAACAUAUGAAGGAUCUGACAACCUUAGCUUCCAUUUCUCUUUCGUGGUUCCUUACCCUUUUCCUUAGCAUCAUGCCCCUGGAAAGUGCUGUGAAUGUCGUGGACUGCUUCUUCUAUGAUGGGAUCAAAGCCAUUUUCCAACUGGGCUUGGCCAUACUGGAAGCCAACGCCGUGGAUCUGUGUAAGAGCAAGGAUGAUGGGCAGGCCCUGAUGAUCCUGAGCAGGUUUUUAGAGCAUGUCAAAAACGAAGAAAGCCCUCUGCCACCUAUUGGUAAUCACCAUGCGUUCUUCAGCGACGACCAGGAAGCCUCUCCAGUGACUGAAAUAGCCAACCUGAUUCAUGACUCCUAUGAGAAAUUUGGAGACCACUCUGUGGCACAGAUAGAACACAUGCGCUACAAACACCGAAUCCGUGUCCUCCAGAGCCACGAAGACACAACCAAGCAAAACGUGCUCCGAGUUGUCAUCCCAGAUGUCUCGAUUCUUCCUGAAGACUUAGAGGAGUUGUAUGACUUGUUCAAGAGGGAACAUUUAAUAAGGUGUUACUGGGAAACGACGAGUCCAGUUGUCGAGCGACACGACCCCAGCAGACCAUACGCCGAGCAGUACCGCAUCGACGCCCAGCAGUUCACUAACCUGUACAGGCUGGUCUCACCCUGGACCUGCGGGGAGCACACCGACGUCCUCGCCCAGAGGACCUUCCGGCUCCUGGAUGAGAACAUGGACCGGCUGAUUGAAUUCAAGGGGCUCGCCAGCUGCUUAGGUAUCGGCUCCCCUGCGGGGUGGAAG